AUCAUUUUAAAUCACUGCAAUUUGUAAAAUAAUUAUUUAUAAUUUUUUUAUAGACAAAAGAUUUUCAAUAAAGAAAGAAAUAUUUCCUUGUAUUUUUUUAACCAAAAUUGAGUCUUUUAUAGCACUAGUUUAAGUAUUUGAAAACGCGGUGCAGUGACGCAGGCCGCAAACAUGGACGGAGGGGGAUAUACAACGGCGGUUAUAAAUAUGUUGUGGACAUCUGAACUCUGUUUUCUCAUUUGUCUCUCUACGCUCCCAUCUGUUUUACCCUCAUCUUCGUUUCUCUCGGCACUCCUUCCAUUCAUUGGCAGCGAACAAUGCCGUAGAUGUUUCUUAAUGCUACACAUCAUACGCACUGAAAUGAUGAAACUGAGUGAAACACAAGGUCCUGACUUUCUCUGAAUAUCUCGGGCAACCGUGAGGCCAUGCUCAAAUCUGUCACUUAACUUGAUGGGUAAUAUAAUUAGUUCAUUCUUUUCGGGGUUUGGUAAAGUCUUUGGCGACCUUUUCAACACCCCACUUGAUUUCCUUGCUGGAAAAUCAUGCAGUUCAGUGUGCGGAUCAUCAUGGGAUUUCAUCUGUUACAUCGAAAACUUUUGCGUUGCCAGUCUGCUAAAGAUGGCCAUGGUACUGGUUCUGGUUUACAUAGUUCUCUUAUUCUUAUAUCUGUUAGAGAAAGUAGGCCUUUGCCAAUGUAUCAUUCACAGCCUUUGCAAGAUAGUAUGGGCAUGCCUUUCUUCCUGUUGUCAUGCUUGGGAGUACUGUUGCAUUUUCUUGUGGGCAAAGCUUCAUAAGCUUAAAAGGGUCAACAGAACACACCUCGAAGAAGGGUUCGAUACAAGCGAAGAAGAAUAUGAUGAUGAAAGUUUUUCAUAUCAUAUUUCUAGACCCAUGGAUGUGAAUAAGUCACCAUCUCGCCAAUGGAGGAGUUACAGACGUGCUUACCUGAGGAAAUCUUUGCGGCCAAGGAGUCAUCGUAUACAAGUAGCUAUUGGGGAUUCAAUUCAUGGUGGUAGAGGAAAUGCUAUUAAGCAUUGGAAACAUGGUAGUGCCAUCCAUGACAUUAGGGUGACCAGGACAUCAAAGUUUGCACACAAGGGAAGAAAAUAUAGGAGAGGGGCUUAUCAGAGGAGCAGGGUGUGAAAAUUAAGGGUGGAGAACAUUUGGCAGUUCAAUUCGAUAUAAUGAGAUAUCUGUGUCAUAAGGUGAGAGGAAAGUAUAAUAUCUUACAUUUUUCUUCUGAAAGCUUUAUAUGCAUGGCACUGGACAUUUCAUUUGGAAUUAUAGAACAGUCUAUACGAUGAAGCCAAUCCGAAGUAGUUAUUAUAAAAAUAAAAUAAAAAUGUUGACUUU